AUGCCAUCGGACGCUGCAACAGGAAAACUCUCCGGCUUUCCUCGCCAAAAAUGGUGGACACAUUCUGUCGCUGGCACAGUUGCAGGGCUGGUUUCUAUCGCGCUGACUGCUCCAUUCGACGUAGUGAAAACUCGAUUCCAGUCCUCCAUGGUUCAGCGACAUCCCAUCUCAGCUUCCUUCCCGGGCAUGUGGUCAUAUCAUAUCCUCCAAACUACCAACGUCAUGCAUGAUAUUUACCACGUCGAGGGCUGGCGUGGCCUCGGACCAAGUCUCUCGGGUGUCGUCCCUUCGAUGGCACUUAAAUUUUAUGUCUACGGCAAUUCGAAACGUCUCGGAGCGCAUGCACUAGACUGCGGAGAGGAUUCGUCUUUGGUCCACGCGCUGGCUGCUGUUGCAGCAUCCAUAACCGUUUCGACGGUGAUGAACCCAAUCUUUCUCAUCAAGACAAGGCUGCAGCUCGACGUUCGGACACAAGCGACUGGCGAUACGGCUCGACGAUACGCAGACAGUCUCAACUGUGUCCGUAAAAUUCUCCAACGAGAGGGCGUUCUUGGUCUGUACCAAGGCCUGGGCGCAAGCUAUCUAGGCGCGGUCGAGACAGUGCUCCAUCUGGCUCUCUACGAACAGCUGAAGAAGUUAUUUCGCCCAACGGCGAUUGGGCCCAAUGCGCAGAACGAUGGAACCUGGGGCCAUGCAGUUAAAACCUGGGUUGGUGCUGAGGACGAGGCUACGACAAGCCCCUUCAGCGAAUGGGACCCGCAAAUACGUCGGCCUUGUGCAGUGUUUCCGGUUGGUAAGGGCAGAGGAGGGCUUAGCGGGGCUGUAUGGUGGCAUAACACCGUAUCUGAUGCGCUCCGUUCCGUGUACGAGUACGUGCUGAGCCUUCUCAAUUAUGAUAUCACUGACUCGCAGUAA